CGCUCCGCCCCGCGCCGCGCCCGCCGCGCCGCUCCAGCAUGCACGGAGGAUGCUCGCGUCUUGCUCAGGCAGGAAGGGGCCGGAGGGCAGGUACCCGCUGCACUACCUCGUCUGGCACAACCGCGCCCGCGACCUGGACCGGGAGCUCAGCGCCAAGCAGGCUGAUAUUGAGCAGCUGGACCCCCGAGGACGCACCCCACUGCACCUGGCCACCACGCUGGGCCACCUCGAGUGCGCCAGGGUGCUGCUGAAGCAUGGUGCUGAUGUGGGCAAGGAGAACCGCAGCGGCUGGACGGUCCUGCAGGAGGCUGUGAGCACCCGGGACCUGGAGCUGGUGCAGCUGGUCCUGCGCUACCGCGACUACCAGAGAGCCAUCAAGCGCCUGGCCGGCAUCCCCAUCCUGCUGGAGAAGCUGCGCAAGGCCCAGGACUUCUAUGUGGAGAUGAAGUGGGAAUUCACCAGCUGGGUGCCGCUGGUGUCCAAGAUCUGCCCCAGCGACACCUACAAGGUGUGGAAGAGCGGCCAGAACCUGCGGGUGGACACCACGCUGCUGGGCUUCGACCAUAUGACCUGGCAGCGAGGCAACCGCAGCUUCGUCUUUAGGGGACAAGACACCAGCGCGGUGGUGAUGGAGAUCGACCACGACCGGCGGGUGGUGUACUCGGAGACGCUGGCCCUGGCCGGCCAUGACCAGGAGGUGCUGCUGGCUGCUGUGCAGCCCACCGAGGAGCAGGUGAUGGGGCGGCUGACGGCCCCCGUCGUCACCACGCAGCUCGACACCAAGAACAUCGCCUUCGAGAGGAACAAGUCCGGCAUUCUGGGCUGGAGGAGCGAGAAGACGGAAAUGGUGAAUGGGUAUGAGGCCAAGGUCUACGGAGCAUCCAAUGUGGAGCUGAUCACGCGGACACGGACCGAGCACCUCUCGGACCAACACAAGGGCAAGAGCAAAGGCAGCAAGACGCCUUUGCAGUCCUUCCUGGGCAUCGCUGAGCAGCAUGUGGGGCCCAACAAUGGGACGCUGAUCACACAGACACUGAGCCAUGCCAACCCCACCGCCAUCACCCCGGAGGAGUACUUCAACCCCAACUUCGAGCUGGGCAACCGAGACAUGGGGCGGCCCAUGGAGCUCACCACCAAGACACAGAAGUUCAAGGCGAAGCUGUGGCUGUGUGAGGACCACCCGCUGUCCCUCUGCGAGCAGGUUGCCCCCAUCAUUGACCUCAUGGCAAUAAGCAACGCGCUCUUCGCCAAGCUGCGGGACUUCAUCACCCUGCGCCUCCCGCCCGGCUUCCCCGUCAAGAUCGAAAUCCCUAUCUUCCACAUCCUCAACGCCCGCAUCACCUUUGGGAACCUCAAUGGGUGCGAUGAGCCCGUCAGCUCCCUGCGGCACAGCCCCAGCAGCGAGGCCCCUUCACCCAGCAGCGACUCUUCCAGCGUCAGCAGCUCCAGCUCCCUGACCUCGUGCCGGGCGUGUGAGAUGGACCCGGCGCUGUUCGAGGUGCCGCGGGGGUACAGCGUGGUGGGGACGCACCAGGACGCCCUGCGGGAGGAUGAGGAUGAUCUGCUGCAGUUUGCCAUCCAGCAGAGCCUGCUGGAGGCGGGCAGUGAGUACGACCAGGUGACCAUUUGGGAAGCACUAACCAACAGCAAACCAGGCACCCACCCCAUGUCCCACGAGGGCCGCCGGGGAGACAGGACUCCCCAGCACACAGCAGCCCCCCGGCCCCCCACUGCCCCGGCGCCGGGGGGGGGGCCGGGGGCCAGCACCCUGUUCCCCAGCUACGCGGAGCAGCUGCGCUUGGCCAUGGCGCUGUCGGCGCGGGAGCAGGAGGAAGCCGAGCGCCGGACGCGCCAGGAGGAGGAGGAUCUGCAGCGGAUCCUGCAGCUCUCGCUGACGGAGAAGUGACCCCACACUCCCCCUGAACCUCCCCCCCGACCAUCCCUACGGGGAUGGGGACGCGGCCGGUGCCGUGUGUGGGGGCACACAGGGGGGAGUGGGGUGGGGGGAGGCAGCCCAAGCACUGCGAGUGGGGAGGGGGGUGCAGGAUUUUGCCUUGGCAUGGAGGAGAUUGUCCCCAUAGCCAGUACUGGGGUGCAGGGGGGGCACCCCACAGCAGGAUGGGGUAAGGGUGGGUGGCAGCCCUACAGAGGGGUGGCAGGGACCAGGGGGGCAACCCUACAGACUGUACCCACCCCUGGGACCCCCAACCGCCCUAUAGGGUGCUGCUCGGCCCCUCACCCCAGGGCAGUGGUGGGGGGCACAUCCUGCCCCAGAUGGGGGGGCUGCCAGUUGUGUGGGGUCCCGGGGUGCCCCCAUAGCUGGGGGACUCUGCCAGCCGCCCUGAGCCCCCCCAGCCCAGGCGCUACCAAGUGCACUUACCCGGGAGCUGCUCUGCCUGCCAUGGGGGGGGCUCAGCCCCAUUGCACCCCACAGCCAGCGUGGGGACCCCCACCCCAGGGGGUGCGGGGGUCCGCUGGGGCAGCCAAGGGGGUGCCUGUGAAAGGCCACUUGGUGUCACCUCCCCCUUACCCACUGCUCGCACCCCCCCUGCCCUGCUCGGAUGCCCCCCUCUUUGGCAGCACUGCACCCCCUCGUCCCGGGCACUGACCCCGAGAGAAACCUUAUGUCAAUGGUGCUAACCCCCGGCCCCCCCUGCCCCGGGCUGCUCCUCCUUUGCACAUGUGGGGCUGGGGGCAACAGGGGGGGCUGGGCUCACUUCCCUGGGACUUUUCACAGCCAGUGCCCCCCCCUUCACCCCAUGCACCCCACAAGCGACAUCUGGGCCAGGGCCGGGGGAGCCCGAGCAGCUCCGACCACGGCCAACACCAAUAAAUGCUCUUUAAUGUUUGUC